AUGCCGCGGCCGCCCGCGCCCCGGCGGCAGGCGGGCAGGCGAGCGGCGUGGUCGUGGCUGUCCUUUGCCCGUGCUUCACUUCGGUGGGCCGAGAUUUGGGCCGCCGUGGAGACGACCGCCCUGCCGCGGACGCUGCGGCCGCGCGGCGGCCACCGGCCAAGCUGCGAGGAGCCCCCAAGCCCGGCGGGCGUGCCCUGCGCGGCAGGCCGCUCGAGCCGCUCGGGGGUCGCCCGCGUGGCAGACCAGGCCUUCGCGGCGGCCAGCUGCUCGGGUGCGCCGCAGCUGCUCGCGACGGGGCACCGACGGUGCGUUCGGCUGUGGCACUUGCCAGAGCCGGGCAGCCCGCCGCACGAGGCCGAGAGGCUUGGGUGUCUGCGCCUACGCGGCGCCGUGUGGGCGCUGGACGUGGGCGAGGGGGGGCGCCUGCUGGCGGCCGUCUGCGAGCCCGAGAGGGGCCAGGCCGCGGCGGCGCUCGGCGUGUGGGACCUCACGCAGGACCUCGCGAGCGCCAGACCCUUGUGGCAGGCGCCGCUCCCGGACGCCGUCGGCAUCGCCUUCAGCGGACCUCUGCUGGCAGUGGGGCUGGGGCGCUCGGUGGCCUUUCUCUGCAGCCGCACAGGCCAGCGCAGGGCCGCGGCAGACCUGGCAGCCCCAGCGCGCGUCCACUGCCGCGCCGGCGGGGGCACCGCCGUCCUGCUGAGCGCGGGCUGCCGGCUCUGGGCGGCCACGGCCCGCGAGGAGGGCCCUCGGGGUGGCCCCUCGACGGCGACGCUCGCGCCGUUCGACGACAGGGCUGGCGGCGCGUGCCCCGCCUUUGUCGCCGCGAGCGCGUCCCGCGCCGAGGCGGUGGCGGCGACCUCCUGUGGGCAGGUGUCGGUCUGGCGCCUGGAAGACAGGUCGCUGCUGGCGGUGAUGGACGCCUUCGCCAGCGUCGCCGCCAGCAUGGCCGAGCAGCUCUCCUGGGCCACAAGCUCGGCGGUGGACCUGUCGCUGGAGGUGGUGAGCGUGCUCGCGGCGGACGAGGUCGUCGUGUGCACGGUCGCGGUGGGCGCGUCCGGUCCAGCGGCGGCCGGCGGGGCCGCCCACGCGCUGGUGGCGCUCCACGCCGUCACGGGCGCGCCGCUGCCGCACCCGUGGCACCGGGCGUCCAGGAUCGACGCGCCGGGCGCGGCCGCAGGCGAGGCGGCGCCGGU